CUGACCCGCGAGCAGCCUUGUGGGGGCGGAGUUGGACGCGCAGUUCCGCCCUGGACCUCCAGCUCGAUUUGUAGUCCAACGGGGGGCACACCACAGUGGUGGGGUGAAGAGUACAGAAGGUCAAAGGCUUAUAGCAGCUGAAUCAACCGGCAGAAGGCUUCUCUCCUUGGACAACCUCUACCAUCAUCAUCAUCAUCAUCAUCAUCAUCAACAGCUCAGGGACACCAGGCUACAGUGAAUAGGAGUGGGGUUACAUCAGCUCCCUCAUUGCCUCAUUAGAUCACUGCUGCCUUUUGGACAGGAACACACCACCAAUGUCAGCAGAGAAGAUGGAGACAAGAAGUGUGUCCAAUGGAGCAGGCCCUUUGUAUGAAGAGAAAGAGGAAAACCUCAGUCCUGAGGAUCUGUCUGAGAUGCUGGCAGCGGGGACCAAAGAGGUUCAUGAAAAGGCUGAGAACACCCAGUUUGUGAAGGAUUUCCUCAGGGGACGCAUCCGCAAAGAGCUCUUCAAACUUGGUGCCGUAGCGCUGUACUACACUUACACAGCCAUUGAGGAGGAGAUUGAAAGGAACAAAGACCACCCCCACUUUGCCCCUCUUUAUUUUCCUGUAGAGCUGCACCGCCACGAAGCUCUGGCCCAUGACCUCGAGUAUUUUUACGGCCCAGAAUGGCAGGGCCAGGUCAGCUGCUCCCAGGCCACCCAGCGCUAUGUGGACCGUAUCCACCAAGUCGGGCAGGAGGACCCAGUGCUGCUGGUGGCCCACGCUUACACCCGUUACAUGGGGGAUCUGUCUGGGGGCCAGGUGCUGAAGAAGGUGGCGCAGAGAGCCUUGAAGCUUCCUACCACAGGAGAGGGCCUUGAGUUUUAUCAGUUUGAUGCCAUCCAUAGUGCCAAAGCUUUCAAACAGCUGUACCGCAGUCGGAUGAACGAACUGGAACUAGACAUGGAUACAAAGAAGAGGCUGGUGGACGAGGCUGUCAAGGCCUUCCAGUUCAACAUGGAGGUGUUUGAGGAGUUGGAAGACAUUGGUAAAACCACCCAGGAGGAUGUUUCAGAUGCUGGCAUGCCCGUCCAUGGAGAAAUGGGUGGCGACAUCAGCAAAUGCCCCUACUAUGCCGCCAAAAUGGCGGCGUCGGGUGGAACGGCAUAUGCCUGUCAACUCGCCAUGGCCGUACUCCGACACCCAACAGGACAGGUUCUGUUUGCUACUUGGUUUGCUGCUCUGGCUGGAUUGGCUGCAUGGUAUCUGAUGUGAUCCAGCCUUCAGCCUUUCACUUUGCUGCUGUGAGAGAGAGGGAAGAGAAAGAUGGAGGGAGGGACAGUAAGGAGAUUCUUCCACAAGAUGUACACCAUUUCGUAGUUUCAUACACACAUUCUUUAUGGGUCCAGGUUUAUUUAAUGUUACACAUUUGCUAAAGAUGGAAGCGGACAGGAAAUAAACUUGGAUCUGUAUGUUAUCAAUUGAUUUCCAAUGACGUGAUCCAUAGGACCAUUAGCACGUCAACUCCAUCCAUCCAUCAAGCUAGAUUCUGUUGCAAUUUCUUGUCCAGUUUGUGUUAUUUCUCUACCUCCUUUGCAAUAUCCCUCCAUUCUGUGUCCCUCCAGCGUGUUUGGUCGUACCUCAACACCUCCUGUAGCCAUUUUCUGAUUUUGCCGCGGAAGCACAGAUUGUGGAUAAAUAAGUCGUUGUGAAAUGACAUUUUCUCCCAAUUUUAAACGAAGUCGGCAGAUUGACAAAGCACGGUGUCUUUUUGAUGCAAACUGUAAUUGGCUAUACAGUGACACAAUGGUGAGCCUAGUAAAAACAUGUUAUAACCUACUAAGCAUAGGCUAUGCAUGAACAGAGCAGCACUGUGGCUUUUCUGCUGGGCAGACUGCUGAGUUGAUUUUAAAUUAGGUAUUUCUGUUUUUGCAUUAAGAUCUAAAUUUGACCAGGAAGAGAAAGUUUGGUAUUAGUCAAAAAUGCAACAGUGAAACAGUGGUUUAUCUGUAAAUGCAAACUUAGAAACUUUCCCCAUAUACUGUACUUUUUUACUUGUACACGUUGAUUGCAGUUCCAAAAAUAAUGUGAAAAGACAGUUCAUUUCGGUUAUGUUUUUCAUGUUUUAUGUUUUUUAAAUCCAUUAUCACAUGUCAUGAUUCAUUCUUGGCCUCAAGAAAAUUUGUCCAUGUGUACUGUGAGACAGGUGAUAGGAAUCAAAAGCAUUUUGUCAAGAUAUAGCACACCUACACUACAUAUGAUUAAUAAGCAUAUUUCAGAUAUUUGAAUGCCUACUGAUGCAUGUUGAAAUGUACUAUUUCUCUGUUUCAGAAUUAUGUGGUAGGGCUUCUUGUGCUGAUUUAAAAAGAAAAGAAAAAAAAAAUCUGCUGUCAAUUUACAUGCCUAUCUUAACUAUCCAAGAUGAAUGACUUACUGAUGAUUCAGUUUUACCUGCCUCGGGGGCCUGUAUUAGGAAAACAGUGUUAACGAAGGUGAUUGCAGCUGUUUUAAAAGGAAAUUGUCUUUUUAUCAUAUUAAUGGUUUAUCUACAUUCUUGUAAUACACAUGUAGUUAAUCUACAUGAAGGAUAAAUAUAUAUAAUAGGUAGAUCCUUUCGCAGUUCAGCUCUUAUUUAUGUAUCCAUUUGUUAUGGAUAUACCAGUAUGCACCAUCACUAAAACUGUGUACUCAUCAUCCAUACUGUAUGUUGCUCAUACUGUAUGUUGGGAAAUUUUCUCCCAGCAGUGCACAACGCUGUUUUUUCAACAUUGAUAAGAAGAAAUAUUUUGUGCUGUGUGUACUGUAUGCAGUGUAAUUGGUCCGUUUUGCGAUUGAAAGUUAAUAUUUAUCCUGACACAGUAAUGACAUUUUAUUGACUUUGCUUUAUCUAUCCAAGCAGUUUGUUUGUAUUUUUUUUUUUCCCUUUGCUUGGACUUGUUGAACACAGAGUACCAAAGGAAACCUGCUCAUAAUGACAUUUCAGCCAGGUUCCUGUGCUGAGUGUAUUGCACAACACAUUCGCACAUACUGUAUAUGAAUGUGUAGAAUUCCUUUAUUAGCAAAACUCAUUCAGGACAACAGCUGUAUUGCAGCUGUUUGAUCACAGCCAUGACAACCUGUGACGAUGUGUUUUGUAUUUGAGAGUCUCAGGUUCAUGUUGCAAUAGGAUGGCAAUACAGUGCACUGCGUAUGGAGGACUAACACAGGGACUACCCAGUAUACUCCUGUGGUGUCCAUAUUUUAUUUCAUUUUAUGAUACCAGUGUGAUGUGUCAAAACGCUUCAGUAUUUUUGGACAUAUUGAAGGGACACUUCCUUGAAUCUCAGGAGCGAGGUAGAUUUUGCCAUUGAUUAAACCAUAGAUUAACAUGAAGAGUAAUGCUUAACUAAUUCGUGUUGAAUUUGAAUUCUUUUGCAUUUUCAUUAAACCCUGUUCUUAAUCCCUUUGUGUAUAUAACUGAACAGAGUUUUAUUGGUUAAUGAGUAAUCUCAUUGUAUGAGAGUGAAAAUCCAGAAGUAUGUUGUGCUCUCUAUACUGAAAUGAAAUGUGUUUUUUUUUUUUUUUUUUCUG